AUGUCAUGUGGAAAACGUCCUCUCGUAAAAAAUUGGGAUAAGCCCAAAAACUUAAGAGUGAUAACUUCAUCAAAAUAUGAACAAAAUGAGGCCUCAGUAAAAAUUCAUUGGAAGAAUGUUAUUCGCAAUUUGGAACUAUCCUAUAAGGACGAAACGUUCUGGGACUCACAUUAUCAAGAUGUACGAGCAUUGGUGGGACCUGUUAUAUUCAAGAGAAUUACGAAAGUAUUUGAAUUACCGAGGGACGAUAAGGUGUAUAUUACCAAAUCGGAAACAUCCACGCCUCAAGCCUCAGAAUUGUUUUACGAAGCAACAACAGCCGCUGCUGCACAGAGUCGCAUGCAAACAACAUUCUCGACUACAGAUUUCGAUGAUUCAAUGUAUGAUGAUGUUGGAGAAGAGGAAGGUAUAGAAGAGCAAUCAAUUUGGAGCGAAUCCACACAAUCGGCCGACCUGAGGAGGUCAUCGCGGUCCAAGUCAAUGACACGCUCCAAGUCUAUGAGUACGACUAGAGCGCGGAAGUCCAUGUCCAAAUCGUUCUCUCGGCUUAUGUCCAAAAAUGUGGUGAGGUCAAUGUCAAGACAGUCCAGGGCAAGGUCCGAAAUGUCGAUGGCUGAUGAUGAUUCACCGGCGAAUACUUUAGACGAUUUAAUUGUACACGCCAAGUCGAAGGGGGAAAGAAAAACUCCAUAUCGAAAGAUAGUGAGAAAUCCGCACUUUGAUAUGCUUUACUGUAAUAAAUCGGAAACGGAUAUGAUUAAGUGGAAGUCGAAAUACAAACAGAAAGGCUUUGAGGUUUCCGCCUCAGACGAGUUUAGUAAGAAAGCGGAGAUAUUAACUAAAAAGAUUGCUAAAGAAUUCUACGAGUGGUGGGUUGGUUUGGGAAAUGUGGAGUUCAAGAGUGAAAUUAAACGCCCCGAAGAUAUUGAAGACUUAUUUCAAGUUUGGUUCGACGAACACGCUUCAAGAGGGCUUGUUCUUGAUCCGAGGAUUCUCCCAUGCGUGUUGCAAAGCGUUGCCGACUAUGUUGGAGCUAAUAAGGCUGGGUGUCCCGCAGUACUAAAACGUCAAAUAGCCCACGAUAUCCAUGCAGAGACGAGUCCUGCGCACACGCUUGCGUUUGGUACCUGCCUGCCCCAGAAGUACAAACAUAUCCCGCCAAAGAAUAACACUAAGCAUAUGUGGCAUUCUGUUAAGAUACCAGAGGAUCUGAAGUCUAUGGCUGCUGUAUGGGAUGAUGUACAGCACCUUACAUCAACAAAGACAUUCCACCAGUGGCUUCAAAAGCGUCCGCAUAUGCCGAUGCCGCCAUUCUUCAAGUCACUUGAGAAGCCAGGAGAAAAGAAACUGCCCUUCGUGGUUCCAUCUGACUUCGUCGUUCGAGAUAGGGCCUCCUCCAUGUCAGCACAGGAAUUGGCUUUACCAGUGUCUCAGUUUGACUUGGAGCUUAAAGAUGUUUUAAGUAAACUAAUGAACGAGUGA